AUGGGUUCGAUAACUCUCAACAAUGCCAGCAGGGCCUGGUGGAAGGACGCCGUCAUCUACCAGAUCUACCCUGCCAGCUUCAAAGAUGCCAACGGCGAUGGUCUUGGCGACAUACCAGGGAUCAUCAGCAAAGUCGACUACCUCAAAAACCUAGGCGUUGACGUUGUCUGGGUGUCACCCAUGUACGCCAGCCCGCAGGUUGAUAUGGGGUACGAUAUUUCCGAUUAUCAGGACGUCCACCGGCCCUACGGCACCGUUCAUGACAUGGAGAUCCUCAUCGACGAGUGCCAUAAGCGCGGUAUGAAGCUCAUCCUGGAUCUGGUCGUCAACCACACCUCCGACCAGCAUAAGUGGUUCCAAGAGUCGAGGUCCUCAAAGGACAACCCCAAGCGGAACUGGUACAUCUGGAAGCCCCCACGCUACACCCCCGACGGCGUCCGUCAGCCUCCCACAAACUGGCGGAGCCACUUCAGCGGUAGCACCUGGGAGUGGGACGAGGCCACGGGCGAGUACUACCUUCACCUGUUCGCCAAGGAGCAGCCUGACCUGAACUGGGAGAACGAGGAGACGCGCGAGGCAAUCUACGAUAAUGCCAUGCGCUUCUGGCUCGACAAGGGCGUUGACGGCUUCCGUAUUGAUACGGUCAACAUGUAUAGCAAGGGCGUCGAGUUCAGAGACGCCCCCAUCAUGAACGCGAACUCGUCGGUGCAACCUGCCUACAUGAUCUACUGCAACGGCCCGAGGAUACAUGAGUUCCUGCGCGAAAUGAACGCCAAGGUCCUCAACCAUUACGACACCGUCACCGUCGGUGAGCUCCCGCACACUCCGGACCCCCAGCACGUCCUCAAGUUCAUCAGCGCCGCCGACCGUCAGCUUGACAUGGUCUUCCAGUUCGAUAUCGUCGACCUGGGCCAGGGUGUCGGCUACAAGUACCAGGCCCGCCACUGGAAGCUCCCCGAGCUCAAGCGCAUCGUCGCCAAGUGGCAGCAGUUUAUCGAAGGUACCGACGGUUGGACAACGGCCUUUUGCGAGAACCAUGACCAGGGCCGCUCUGUCUCGCGCUACGGCUGCGAUAGCCCGCAGUGGCGCGAGACGUCGGCGAAGAUGCUCGCACUGAUGAUGUGCUCGCAGACGGGCACCCUGUUCGUCUAUCAGGGCCAGGAGAUCGGCAUGACCAACGUGUCGCGGACCUGGGGUAUUGAGGAAUAUCGCGAUAUAGAGGCGCUUAAUUACUACAACGACAUAAAGAGAGAGCAUGGCGUGGGCCCUGAGCUCGACCGCGUCAUGGACAGCAUCAACAUGCUCGGCCGCGACAACGCGCGCAUUCCGAUGCAAUGGGACGCCACCCCCUUCGCCGGGUUCACGAAUGGCAAGGACGGCGCCUGGAUGCGCGUCCACGACGAGUAUGCCGACAUUAACGUCGCCAAGCAGGAGGCGGAGCCCGGCUCUGUGCUGAACUUUUGGCGCGAGAUGUUGCGCCUGCGCAAGGAGGAAGGGGAGCUGCUGACCCACGGGGCUUUCGAGCUGUACGACGAGGAGAACGAGCAGACGUUUGUAUACAGGAAGACGCGAGGCGACAGGAGCGCCGUUGUCGCGCUCAAUUUUACGAACAAGGAGCAGGAGGUGCGGAUCCCUGGCGAGGGGUUGAAGAUCCGCGUCGGGAACUAUGACGACGUCAAGGAGAGGGUGGCGGUGGAGGGUGACAAGCCAGUACUGAGGCCGUGGGAGGGACGGUUGUAUUUGAAGGGUUGA